UGCAAGACAGCCAAAUGGAAGACAGAAUAAAGAAGGAUAAAAAGGAAAACAAAAUGUUUUAAGACAAAGACAACACUGAUAUCUCAAGUAUUGAUUACUUACUCAUGACCCUUCCAGGCUAACUGUGGAUUACCUCACAACUUGUCAUGUAUUAUUUUGGAAAUGAAAAUCAGAAAAUUUAAUAAAACUCUCAGAUAAUAAUGCAGUGUCAACAACAAAUAAUAAAUCCUUAUGAAAAUAACUGGCAUUCAACAAUGGAUAAUGUAGAACUUGACGUUCCUGAAGAUCCAAGGUACUGGACAAGAACCGAUGUAGCAGCAUGGCUUCAGCACACGGAAAGUCAACACCACCUUCCAUCCAUACGAUUGGACAGAUUCUUCAUGAACGGAAAGGCCCUUUGCCUAAUGACAAUGGAAAUGUUUCUAGAUCGAGUCCCAAUAGGAGGUAAGCUACUAUACAAAGACUUCCAGCUUCGAUUGGCAAAAGCGAUUUACAACAUAGACCUACACCAGAGCUGAAACUACGCUCCUUCUAGCAGAUUACCUUCUGCUAGAAGUCUAUAAGCAAUUAAGUAGUGAUAUUAAUACAAAUAUAAAUGUUAAUUGAG